AUGACAGCAGAAGAGUCAAUAAUCGUAUCAGAAAUAUGGAAACCAGAUUUCGAUAAUUUUCAAUUUGGAGAUAGUCCACAAAAUAUUAAUACUCACCUUCCACGACAGUUUCGUACAACACAGUGGAACAGAUCACUACAAGCUACCGAAUACAAACACAAUGUUGUUAGAUAUUUUUGGUUACAUUUAAGUCACUUUGGUGAUCAAAUCACCAAAUUUAUUCCACCAUAUAUAUCUGCUUUUUUUGUUGCAGAAGAAGAAUCAAAUAAAAAUAUGACAGUCACAUGUAAUUAUUCUUAUAUAAUUGGUAUGAUAAUUGGAUCUAUUUUAAUUACCAUUAUUGGAACGGGUUUAACUUAUUUAGGAAUGAAACGUCUCACAAAAAAAUUAUCUAAAUCUGAAUACGAUAUUGAUGAUAUUGAAUCAGAGAAAGAUGGUAGUCAAUAUUAUGAUUCAAAUGAGAAUUAUAUUAUUUCGGAAAUGCAAAAUCUAUAUGAAAUUAAACCAAUAUUAACUGUUUCAGAAGUUGUUUCUUCAGUGAAACAAUCUUUCGAUGAUUUAGGUGAUGUUCUUAUACCAAAUCAUUGGUUAACACGUAAACAUAUGGUUAAUCAAGAUACUUCAGUUAAAGACGAAAAAAAUGAUUUACCAAUUUAA